AUGGCGACUAAAGCGGCCACAUUUGUGUAUAAGAGUUGUAAUCGCUUAUGGAGGUCUUUUAGUCUUCAAGAUCUCCCAUUUAGACUAACAUUUGGAAGAUUACAGAUACUAAGAAAUUUAUGCAGCAGUGCAACAGAUUUAAAAGAACAACUAGAUACAGAAGAACACCCUGAUCCACCUGCACAUUUGCUGCAGAGCCGUGGAAUGGGAACUCCUGUUCUUGAGGAACACAUACCAGUGCACCCUGAAGUGGCAGAGAUCUUGAGGAACUCUAAAGGUCGAUUAAUUGAUGGCAAAUGGCACAAGCCUUUGUACAAUGCCAGAGGAUUGGCAGCUUUAAGAAAUGAAUAUAUAGCUAAAGGCAUCUAUUGGCCAGAGAAACCAAUGCGUGACAGAGGCCUGGAUAGAACACCAAAAGGACACAAGCGAGCGAUUCGAAAGGAAGAGAGACUAGCAAGAAUCGCUGAAAACAUGGCCAAGAUGCCAGAAAUUGUCGCCGAUUAUCGUAAAAGGAUGCAAGAAAAGAGAGCCAAAUUGAAACAGGAAAAAGAAGAGGCGAGACUGCGAACAAUUAAUGCGCAGAGGCUUGGCUAUGAUAUCAGAGAUCCUCGAGCCUUAAUGGCGAUGCAAGGGGAAUUCGUAGACCUUCAGAAGAAAAAGAAAUGGAAGAAACAAAAGAAAGAGAAAGUGAAAAGCAUUUCAUAAAUGAAAAGUAAUUUGAA